AUGCAGCUUCCUGAGUUACAGACUUGGUACCAGAUGCACCUCCAAAGAGCACAGGACCGUGUGCGAAACAUCUUGGAGCAAGCCCGGAAACCAUUUGUAUCCAGUUCUAUUCCGAUGAGCAACCGACCCAAAAGGUUCCUCACCACCAUAAUUGUUGCAUUAGUUUGUGCCACUGUUGGUGCAGUUGUCGCAACUGGAAUGUCUGCAGCCAACUCUAUUACUGUCCAAAAGCUGGAUAUGGAAAUCUAUGCGCUAAAGCAACACAUUAACGAUAUUCAUCAGGUGAUAAAACAGCAAAGAACACUUCUCCAAGACGUGUUAACUAUUGUGGAAGACACAGUUGUUACAACAAAUUUGCAUUUGGAGUUAAUUGCCAAAUCCACUUGCACCAAAGUCAUGACUUAUUUAAGCGUGAACUUCUAUUUCUGCAUGACCUAA